AUGUCGCCUCUCUCCCCUCUGUUCAUACUACUCCUGGGGGCAAUCUUGACCGUCGCUUUGCAAGCCCCGAGCGAUCAUCUCGAUCGAAGGGUGUACGACCCAGGAAAGCGCAAUGUCCCUCAACCAUCCUUGGCGCCCGCGUCGUCAACCGUCAGUAAGACUCAGCUCGUCAAUGGGGUACCUACCAGCUCUAGUGUCUCUAGCGGUCUCCUUGCUGCCUCAUCGAGUAUCUCCCUUCCCGCCGUCCCGGGUUCCGGCUCCAGCGCCACCCUCUCCCUCUCGGCCUUUCUCCCGCUCAUCUCCUCCAAAGUCCCAGGAUCGACGUGCGGCCUCAACUCCACCCAGUCAAUGGUCCAAUGCCUGUUCGACACCUCCGCCAGCACCUGCCAGUCCGUCGGAGGCGGGUGUGCCGUUCUAGCGCGAUACCUGCCCAUCUCGCCAGACGACGCCACAGCAUGCUGGCCCGACGUCCAGGUCGCGGCGGAGGUGUGUGCGAUGUGUAAUGGUACCAAGGCGGGGUAUGGGCUGUACAAUACGUACUUGAGUACGUGCUUUGAGCUGUAUCCGGAGGAUAGCGGUGUCGGGACAGAGUCCGGGAAUGGAUCGAAAUCAGAAGUCAGUGGCGCAGGCAGCAGACCGACGAGUAGCGGAGUACCGGCGGUACCGAAUGCCCCAGCGUCAGCGACAAUGAGCAGCAGUGCCGGCGGCGGCGGCGGUGGAGGAGGGAAUGCCGGGGCAGGAGUGACCAGCUCGAGCUACUCAUCCAGCGGCGCAGCGGGCGCAGGGACAAAGCCGACAUCAGUAGGCGAUAGGGCGGCAGCGCUACCUUCCCAACAAGGCGGUAUAGCGGCGAACGAAGAAGGCCUCAUCACCGCCAUACAGGUCAAGUCAACCUCAACCUCGACCUCUCGCUCUACUUCUGGUGCCUUAGUGUUGGGUGAGCUCGGACAGCCGACACCGUCAAGCUCUUAUGGCCCGAGAAUAACAGACUCGCCAUACCUCGGAGGCGAAGAAGUGACGGCCAGUAUGUCGGGGUCGAACAAUGGCUCCCUGUUGCUUUCCGUCUCUGCACCAGCGUCAGCGACGCCCUCUGCGUCCGUCAGUGACCUGGCAGACUCGAUCGCUAAGCCUGAAGACCUAGCUCGGAACGCUACGACACUGUUCUUUGCGCACGAUGUCAACCCGGAGUGUGCGCAGAAAGAGGACGGCUGUCUGACCUGGAAAGCCCAAAUCAACGUGGGUGCCCAAAUCAACAAUAGCACAGCAGGCGCAAUCUGCGCGACGUCGAUCUUGGAAUCAGCGAUGGACUGUUCUUCUUGUGUCGGGGCAGCGGGGAAGUCUGAUCAGACGACUUACCAGGCGCAGAUGCUCGCAUAUGGGAACUACAAGAACAAUUGCACCGUCCUCACUGGCGGUAAAGGCGGAAACGCAAACGUCGGCGCUCUGAAUGCAGUCGAAGAGGUUGACGGUCCCCGUGCAGCAGCGAGCGGGACUGGCGGCAAGGCCCGGACCACAGGCGCCCCCGUUGAUAAGGGCGAGGCGAAGACGCCCGCAGUGCAGUAUGUGGAGGAGAACGCUGGGCAUCGUCUGGAGGCAUGCGUGAUGGGCGUGGUGGACCAGGACCUGGACGAGCAGCGAGGCGGCGUAAGUGAGGACGAGGUAAGUAUGAAACCCCCAAAAGGGGCCAAGGCCGACAAUGCAUACCUUGAGCCCAACGUCAAGGCCUUGCCUCCGCCUCAGAGGCUCUAA